AUGUCUUUGCCAACAACUACAAAGGGCUGGGCUGUCGUCGGCCAGGGCAGCUUUGACAACCUCAAGUUCGACACCCAACAGCCUCUCCCUGAGCUUUCCGACAACGAAGUGCUGGUCAAGUUCCAUGCAGCCUCUCUCAACUUCCGCGAUAUCAUGAUUGCCCAGGGCACUUAUCCUUUCGAUGUCAAGGCAAACAUCAUUCCAGGCUCUGAUGGCGCUGGAGAAGUCGUGGCUGUUGGAAAGAAGGUCACCCGCUUUCAGGAAGGUUCCAAAGUCAUAACUUUGUUUAUGCAAACGUAUUUUGGUGGACCGCUGACCCCAAUGGCCUUGGGAUCUGCUGUAGGCGGCUCUGUUGAUGGCACUCUGCGGGAGUACGGUGUCUUUAACGAAAAUGGACUUGUGGAUAUGCCCAAGAACCUCAGCUAUCUUGAGGCUGCAACCCUUCCCUGUAGCGCCCUCACGGCGUGGAAUGGUCUCUACGGGUUGAAGGCAGUUCUUCCCGGCGACUGGGUCUUGACACAGGGUACUGGUGGUGUCAGCAUUUCUGCUCUGCAGUUCGCAAAGGCUGCGGGUGCUCGAGUUGUGGCCACGACGUCCUCGGCAGCCAAGGCUCAGAAGCUGAAGGAGCUGGGAGCUGAUCAUGUCAUCAACUACAAGGAGAUUCCGAAAUGGGGGGAGGAGGCCAAGAGGCUCACUGGAGGUGGUGUUGACCAUGUCCUCGAAGUUGGGGGCGCGCACACUAUCACGGAAAGCCUCAAAGCUGUGAAUCUCGGCGGGGUUGUUACCAUCAUUGGUUGGAUUGCUGGGCCGGGUGAGACUGGACCGAGCUUCCCUCAGAUCCUGUCCAGCAUGGCUGUCGUCAGGGGAAUCGUUGUUGGGAGCCGAGAUCAAUUCGAAGCAAUGGUUCGCGCAAUUGAAGCUUCCGAUAUCAAACCCGUUCUCGACCAGCAUGUCUUCAAGCUCGAGGAGCUCAAAGAUGCUUACCAGUAUCUGGUGGACCAGAAGCAUUUUAGCAAAGUUGUUAUUAACAUUGAGUAG